UGUUGCGAAGGUAAAAUCCAAAUCGCUUCGUGUUCUACAGAGUUUGAUCAACAAUUAAAUACGCCAAAAUAGUUACAAUUAUGGACAAUAUAAAAAGAUUUGUAAAUACCAGCGAAGACUUACAACUACUGCUCUCCAACCAUUCCGUCUCUGGACCUGGAAGAUUAGAAAUCCUAUUAAAACGAGGUUUAUACGACAAAAUUACUAUCCAUCAAAGCAACCUUACGUUAACGGGAGAGAAUAAAAGUGACACAAUCGUGUCCGGAAUUGUGAUAAAGAGAAACGUUUCUAAAAUUCAACUAGAAAAUUUGUCCGUCGCGCUGGACGCCACUGUAACCGUGGACGAAGGUUGUGGCAUAAUUUUGGAAAAUAUUUACUUCUUUGGCGUUUCACCACCUUCCCCAAAACGGAAUAUAAACAUUCCAAUUCUUCAAAUUACUGGGGAUGACAACGUCAUAAAAAACAUCACGUUUGGACACGUUGAGAAACUGGCCGUUUCAACGUGGGGAAAUCGAAACGUUUUCCAAGAUAUCUUCUUUGAGGGGGCGGGAACAGCUGUGAGAAAUUCAGGGAAUUGGGCCAUGUUGAAAAAUCUUGUUUGCGAAAACUUCACGCGGGCGGGAAUCAUGACUUCGGGGCAUUUUGUGACGAUUCAAAAUUGUGUCAUGACAUGUAAAGACGUUCCGAAAAUAAUGUUGAAAGAAGAGCAGGAGGAUCCAGUUAAGAAGGUGGAUAUGAAUCCCACCGGAUUUUAUUGCGAUGGAUAUAGUAACGAAGUCGACGUGGUGGACUGCAAUUUUGACGGAGUUGAUUUACGACGUCAGAGCAGAGUCAGCUUAAAGAAUGUGGCAUGUGGGGAAAUACUUUUGUUGAAAAGUGGUGGACACACCGUUACAAAUUGCCAGGGUAAGAUCCUCUAUGAUCUUGUUGAGCAAACGGAGUUUCGGAACUGUAGAUUUCAAGAAAUUUUUAAGGGAACAUCAAAUACUGUGGAGGACAGGGUAGCUACAGCAAAAGCGGAUGACAGAUUUAAGUUGCCAAGUUCUACAUUUGAAGAUAUGACAACAAAGAAUUCAGAGCCUCGGGAAAUUACGAAGAAGGUAAAUACAUAUGUAGAAUUCCGAUUAAAUCUUUAUACCGAGUAAUGAAAAGUAUGCAUGGGAUUUCCAGACAUGACUUUUGAUUGAGGAGAACAAAGUUAGAGACUAAGAAUUACAUUCCGUCCUUUGGUCAAGGAAUGCCCUUGCCCUAGCUAUCAAAAAUCGUAUCCGAUCGCAAAACCACUGUUACCAGCUCCCCAGAAAGACAUUUUCCCAUAUUAUGCCUGUUUUACACCCUGUAUGAUUUUUACGUAUUUUUUACGUAUUGUGGCAGACCGGCACGUAACAAUAACGGGAAUAUGUAACGUGUAAAACACAAGUAUUACUCUUGGGUUUGAGGGUCAGUUAUAUGCUUGUUUUAUGCUCGUGUUGUAUUCGAUGAAUACAGACGUUAUAUUACUGUAUUAUUUCUGAAAUUACGAUCAUUUUACACAUUAAUUGUUUUCAAAUCUGUACAUAUUUAUUAUCUCUUCAAUAAUCAAAAAAAAUUACUCUAUACAAGUUAAGUUAACAAAACUCCAUUACGGCUAGGAUUAAUGUAAUUAUUUAACAUCGGGAUACAAUAGUAACAACUAGAAUCUAAUCUAUACGGUAACAAAACGCAUUUCAUAAACAACAAAUUACUAUUAAGUACAAAAUCAUUAGAUAAAUUUAACGACAAUUUAUAGAUACAUAAUUUGCUACUCUUAAUCGGAUACAUACCCACAGUGUUUCGAGUAAGAAUUUUUUGACAAAUGAAGUUAGGUUUACCUAUGUCAUCAAUUGUUAUUGAUUUAACGAGAACUAUAUUCAUUUCCCCAUCCAGAAAGCAAUUAUCACCAAACUUUGUACCAAUGCUAAAUUUUUCUAAACAAUAUCGCCGGAUUACUUUAUUUUUACCUUGUACAUAAUUUUUGCAUCUGGCGGACUUUGACUGCAAAUAAUCAGAAUUACGGGCUUCUUCCACUCGUUUAACUAUUUGCUCCAACUGAAGUUUUUUCCCUCUGACUUGUUUUUUUAAAAACUGCAAAUGAUUUUCGAAUGGGAAUGCGCUAACGUUAUCCAAACUACCGAAAAGUUUUGCGUCAUCUGAAAUAUGUAACAGGCUAUGUACAUUAUAGACAAUUUGUGUUGCUCCGUAUAUAUUUUUCAUGUCACUAACGAAUUUUUCUAAUAAACUUUUUGCUAAAUUAUUCCACUCAUCCA